AAAAAUGGCUACGCCUUGCAUGGCUAUUAAGCGUGAAAUAUGAACUGCAUUUCUCUAACAAAUUUGAUAAGCAGCUCACUCCAAUUUCGACCCAAAAUUAUACCAGCAAAGUUUCUUGCAUUUGCACACAACUCUCUAGCUUUCAAUACACUAGCAUUUAAACAAUUAUAUUAUUAUGAUAUAAGUAUAAACACUAGUAUCGUCAAGAGCUUGGGUUCGGGAAUAAAGUGGCUUACCUGAGCGUCGCUCUUGGAAGGCUUCACGUGCUAUUGGGCCGCGGUCUAGUGCUGGCUGCUGCUCCUGCUAAUGCAGUUAGUGGCGAGCUUCAUCCUUGUGGCGUGACCGUUCAUAACAGACCAGGAAAUAAUCUACGAUUAAGCAGGAGUUCUCAACAAUGGAUGAACUGAAACCUCUUUUGAUCACCCAACCACGAAGAAGAAGUUCCCUCUUCUCACACAAAGAAAGGUCCGGCCUGGACGUGGUGACGGCAUCGUGUUACGUGUUGUCUCUCAUGGGCGUCAUGCCGAUCAUCGCACUGCCAGCCGCCGUAGCCUACAGCGGUUACGCAGGUGUUGGAGUGGCAGUGGUUCUGCUACUGCUCAUCUGCUACACGGCCGUGCAGCUCGGGGAGACUUGGCUGCUGGCGGAAACCUUCUACCCCAACAUCAUUGGUCCAGGCUCCAACCGCCAGCCAUACCCGUUGCUGGGGGAGGUCGUAGGAGGCCCACGACUACGGAAGCUCCUGACGCUGCUGCAGGACUUCACUCUUAUGGGGGCUGCUAUGCCCUUCCUCUUAUUGGCGAGCGAGAGCGUGCAGGAAGUGGUAGCUGCGGUGACGCGAGGCUCGCUGGACUACUCCUUCUGCUACUGGCUGCUGCUGCUCACACUCCUGCUCCUGCCCAUCAUGUGGCUCGGCACGCCUGCAGACCUCAAGAUGGUGGCGAGGGCUGGCGCGGCGUUGGUGGUUGUGGUGUCUGGUGCUGUGGUGACCGCUAUGGUGAUGGACAACUCAGUACCUGCAGGGGGCGAAAGAAGUGGUACCUUCCGGUGGCCACCGCGGUGGCAGACGCUGGCUUAUUGCUUUGGUGCAAUCGCCUUCCAGUUCGACAUUCAUCCUGUGCUGCUGAGCGUGCAGACAGACAUGACGCAACGAGGCAGGAUGAGGACUGCCGUGGCCACCGCCUUCUGCUGUGAGAAAUUGGCCCUACCCUCAUUGUUCAAAAUAACGGCGCCGUAUGUGCCCGUGGUGGUGGUAUCCUGGAUACGGUAUGGUGACUCAGUGUCCCAGAACCUCCUGAACAGCCUGCCCACCACGCCCCUGCUGCACGGUGUCAUGACCGCCGUCAUCUUCCAGGUGCUGAUCUGUCUGUGUCUGGGCAUCAAUGCGCUCUUCCAAGAUGUCGAAGAGUGGCUCGGUAUUACGGAUGCGUUCGGCUGGCGUCGCGCGGUGUGCCGGACUUGUCUGAUGCUGGUGCUGCUGUUCCUGUGCGAGUCCCUGCCACACUUCGGUGUGGCCAUCGAGCUGGUGGGCGGCCUCUUGGUCACGCCCUUCAUGUUCAUAAUGCCCCCGGUCUUCAACCUCAUCCUUAAGCAUCGCUGUCUGGGCUCUACAUCAGUCGUGGACUUGGUUGUAGCCACCGCCACCAUCCUGGUUGGAUUGGUGGGUUGCGUGGCUAGCACUUGGGAGAGCUUGCUUCAAUUGCACCUUCACCAACUCGUACCCUUGCCGUGCUACAUCGACAUCAUUGCCGCAACCAAGAUGGAAACAGAGGACCGACAAAGCCAAGCUAAUUAGGUGCAACUUUAUUUCGAGUGAAAGAUUCUUAAAAAGCGUUUCAUUAUAAGGAGCCUGGUUCUUUGAAAACAAUUUGCGUGCAGACUCCAAGAAUUUAUUAUCAGCACUAUAAACUGGUACUCGGACGUAAUUUAUCCCAAAUUGUUUUCAGGUUGCCUCUGAAAAUAUUUAUGUACUUAAAUUGAUUUUUUGUGGGGUUAAUUAUAUCGAUUUACUGGCUAUAGGUAGUUAAAUCUGCGUUAAUAUAUGGCUCAUGUUGUUAAGGUUGUAACAUUUCAGGUUGUUGCAGAUUUCUAAUUGCACGGCUACAUAUAUGUGUGAUUGCACGUAAUCAUUUGCUCUCAAUUGUCAUAACUAUGCGCAGAAAAAAAAUUGUUUUCCUAAAGUUCAUUUACUUGCAAGCUUUCAAUUACAUAAAGUUGUCUCUAAAAACCUUUAACAUUAUGGAGAAAAUAUCCGAAAUCACACGUACUUCACGCAAAGAUAUAGAAAUAUCGAGUUGUUGUUAGAUGAAUUAUUAAUAAUACUGAGACUGAGUCUGGGAUGAGUCUCAGCCAUCUUGGUUCUAAUUCAAUGGCGAGGAGUUUCGUCAUUGAGAUACACUAAUUUCAUUUAACUUCACAUAAGCUUCUGCAUCUCUUCAUGAUAUUGAUCAAUAUUUCUUCGUGAAUGUCCCUACUAAAUAUCUUCCUCAUUUAAAUGUUCGUGAUUAAUCUUCUUUUCCUGUUGUUACAAUAAACAUGAUCGUAAUGGUAAUAUUAUACUGGAAUGUCUGGAAUAGCGUAAGAUAUUAGCGCACGAUAUUAUUUAUGACGGGAAUUAGACGCCAUUAUUUUAAAACAGUGCUUAGAGAUGUGUUCUAACCU